AUGUUGGCCUUGAUCUUCAAGCAGAUCUACACCACCAUCGAGCAUCCUUUGGCAAGGAAGAAAGUGGAGUGUCCUCGUAUCACAUGGAAAAUCGUGCGCGCCGUACAGGAAGUGCUGCAGGAGGGUAGCAUUUACGAAACUCUACUUCAGCAACAUUAUAAAUGGGCUAUCCGAUUAAAUCGGGCUAGUUUGACACUUUUAGGCGUCUGGCCAAAAAACAAUGAAACUAAACAGAAAAAGAUGAUGUCAAACGUCUGUACAAUCCUUAUAUUAAACACUGCAAUCUGUGGGUGCCUCAUUCCAACUGUACAUUCUUUGUUCAAAGUUUGGGGUAAUAUAAUGUCAAUGAUAGAUAACCUGCAAUAUACUUUACCGCUGACAAUAGCAAUAACAAAGUUAUGCAUUGUGUGGCUGAGAAAGGAAGAUGUUCUUCCUCUUUUAAACAUGAUUAAAGAUGAUUGGUUGAAACCGAAAAUGAUAAAAGAGAGACAUAUUAUGAUAAAACGAGCACGAAUAGCACGAAUGUUUACAAUAUUCGGAUACAUUAUAAUGCUGAUAUCCUUUAAUUUGUGUGCAGUUCUUCCUGCAUUCGGUAUUUCUAUCAGAUACAUGACAAAUGAAACGGAUCCAGGCAAAAUAGUACCGCUACAAUCGUAUUAUAUAUACGAUCGAGAUAAAAGUCCAUAUUACGAAAUAACUUACAUCGUGCAGAGUCUCGGAAUGUCAGCAGCAGCUUUUAUGUACACUACUGUAGAUAGUUUUUUAGGUUUAUUAAUUUUUCACGUAUGUGGUCAGUUGGAAAAUCUCAAAAUACGUAUCACUCAACUGGAUAAGUUCCAAAAUUUCGAAAAUGCUUUAUCACACAGCGUACAGGAUCAUAUACGUCUUAUCAGAUUUAUCAAUAUGAUUGACGAAAUAUUUACAUUAAUGCUACUUGGUGCGCUGUUUUACUUUGGCGUAUUAUUUGCACUUCAUGGUUUUUUACUGGGUACUAUGGUAACUCAAGGUCGUGAUAUGUCAUUACCACGUUUAACUUUCAUUAUGACAGUAUCUGUCAAUAUGUUUGCACAUACGUGUCUUUACUGCGCUGUAGGAGAAAUUUUGGUCGUUCAAUGUGAAGGAGUUUAUGAAGCUGCAUGCAAGUAUAAAUGGUACAACUUGGAGCCAAAGAAAGCAAAAAACUUAAUGAUGAUAAUGAUUCGAGCCAACAAAUCGUUGUACCUUACAGCAGGAAAACUAUUCCCUAUGACAAUGUCUACAUUUUGUAACGUAAGCUAG